AUGGAGGGGAAAGGAGAGGAUCGGACCUCAGGUGCCACGCCUGCGCAGCUCGUAGAGGAACUCUGCCAGAGCUUUCUCAGGGCACGAUCAAGAACUCUGUCACCAACAAUAGUGGACGUGGCGGACGAGAGCGAAGUGGCCGUUAUGAGAGAGCUGGCCAUCCCCGGCAACCAGGCACGACCUAUGCGCCAGACGAUCGAGGACAUGCUUCGAAUAAUGUCUCACCGAGUUGCCAUGGAGCAUCCCAAGUUCUUCGGCUUCAUUCCCUCUCCUGUCCAUGAAUCGAGCCUCUUGGGUCAUGUUAUUAGCACCAUGUUCAAUAUACAUGCGGGAAGUUGGUAUGAAAGCUCUGGGCCAAGCGCGGUGGAGGACGCAAUGGUCAAAUGGCUUGCACAAAGAGCGGGUUUGCCUGCCUCUGCCGGAGGUAUAUUCGUGUCUGGCGGAUCGAUUGCGAAUCUGACUGCAAUUGUUACUGCCCGAGAUACCAGGUUAUCCUUCGAGCAACGGGCCAAAGCGGUCAUCUAUGUCUCGGAGCAAACUCACUCUUCUGUCCAAAAGGCGCUCGACAUCGCCGGCUUCCAUGCGACGCAAACUCGACGUGUUGAAUGCGAUAAGUUGUACAGACUCCAGCCGUCAAGUCUCCGCAGACUCAUUGCCGCCGACCGGGAGGCAGGGUACAUCCCGUUUCUAGUCGUCGCGACCUGUGGCCUGACCAAUACUGGCGGGAUUGACCCGAUACCUGAAAUUGCAAAGGUGGCCGAAACUGAGGACCUCUGGUUGCACGUGGACGGCGCAUACGGGGCGUCUGUCAUCCUAUCCAAGCAACAUAGCAACCUCGCGGAAGGCGUGGGUCGUGCUCACAGCCUGUCUUGGGAUGCCCAUAAAUGGCUUUUUCAGACUUAUGGAUGUGGAGUGGUACUCGUUCGUGAGGCACGCCAUUUGAUCCAGAGCUUCGCGACCAGUGCAUCGUACAUACAAGAUGCAGAUGAAGCCAGUUCGGCCGAAGUCAACUUCUGGAACCGCGGAAUAGAGCUUACUCGGCCCGUUCGCGCAAUGAAGCUUUGGUUCACUCUUCAAGUUCUGGGUCUGGACAAGAUUGGAGAAUUCAUUGAUCACGGCAUUGGUCUGGCGGAGCUGGUGCAACAAGCUUUUGAGAAGCUGGAGAACUGGACAAUCAUUACAUCAGCUCGGUUAGGGAUCGUGAAUUUCAGUUACGUGGCGUGGUUGGAAGGUCCAGACGGAGAACGCACGGAGGACGUCUCGUUGAGCGAGAGAGUGAAUGUCGAGGUAUCGAAACGAGCCAUAGCCCAGAACAUUGCAGCGCCUUUGACGACGAGAUUAAGUGGCAGUUUGAACCUGCGAAUGUGUACGAUAUCACCUUCGCUGGGCAGAGACGAUAUUAUUGAGGUCGUCCACGCUUUAGACACACUUGCGACAACGGUAUCGGCAGAGAUGAAUUAA